UGUUUACUGGCAUCUCUGACUGCGCUAGACCUCUGCACCACCAGCCCUCCGUGUACCCCACAGCACAUUACCUCACCACAGAGGGUACUGCUUGCUCUCCUCACAGCCAUGUCAUCAUCCCAGCGAGUGGCGCUGGUGACCGGGUCCAACAAGGGCCUCGGCUUCACCAUCGUGCGUGACCUGUGCCGGCAGUUUUCGGGGGACGUGGUGCUCACGGCGCGGGACGAGGCGCGGGGCCGCGCGGCCGUGCAGCAGCUCCAGGCCGAGGGCUUGAAUCCCCGCUUCCACCUGCUGGACAUCGACGACCUGCAGAGCAUCCGCGCCCUGCGCGACUUCGUGCGCAAGGAGUACGGGGGCCUGGACGUGCUGGUCAACAACGCGGGCAUCAUAUUCAAGCCUGGUGAUCCCACACCCUUUCAUAUUCAAGCAGAAGCGACCAUGAAAACAAACUUCUUUGGUACCCAAGAUGUGUGCACAGAACUCCUGCCUCUAAUGAAACCCCAAGGCAGGGUGGUGAAUAUAUCUAGCAUAAUGAGCUUCGUAGCCCUUAAAUAUUGCAGUCCAGAACUUCAGCAGAAGUUUAUGAGUGAGACCAUCACAGAAGAGGAGCUGGGGGUGCUCAUGAACAAGUUUGUGGAAGACGUAAAGAACGGGGUGCACAAGGAGGAGGGUUGGCCUGAUACACAACAAGUCCUAUAUGGAGUGUCCAAAAUGGGCAUCGUGGUCCUCUCCAGAAUCCAUGCCAGGAAACUGAGUGAGCAGAGGAAAGGAGACAAGAUACUCCUGAAUGCCUGCUGCCCUGGGUGGGUGAGAACAGACAUGGGUGGACCGAAAGCCAUCAAAAGCCCAGAAGAAGGAGCAGAGAUCCCUGUCUACUUGGCCCUUUUGCCCUCAGAUGCUGAGAAACCUCAGGGAGAGAUUCUUAUAGAGAAGAAAGUUGAAAAAUGGGGAAUCCUCUCUCAGUUCCCUUCAUGGAUCCCAAUUUGAUAUCUGCCAUGAUUUGACCAGAACAACUCUUACACCAUCAACAAUAGCCUUACCAAAAAAAAAAAAAAAAUCACCAUCUCUAUCGGGUACUCACACUGAAUUGGC